AUGAGAUCUCACAGGGUUCUCCCGAUAUGGCUCCUCUGGCUAACCCAGGGACAGGGGUUGACCAUCCCCAACGCCGACGACAACUCGGCCGAUACCUGGCAGGACUCCCACCAGGAGUUCAAGCGAACCAUCGCGACUGAGGACCAGGAGUAUCUCACAACUUACGCCAAGGACGACAUUAUCCCGGCCACCGAGACUGUCGACGUUAGCACCAGCAAGGCGCAGACUGGAACUGCCAUUGUUCUUCCUUCUCUCUCAGACGUUGAGCCUCAUACUGAAGGUUUCAUUGUCACCGACCUUUACAACCCUCUUCAGACUGAGGCUCCUAUUCUUAGCACCUCCAUUUCGAGCCCAUCGAGCCUACUUAAGCCUGUUGCAUCCCCCACCAAGAACACUCAACCUUCAGGCCUUUCCAAGAUGGCGACCAGCAACGACAUUUUCGCCAACCCUAUCGACACCAGCGCUCCUCUGGCCAUGUUCCAGAGGAAGGCUGACCACCCGGUUCCUCGUCUGGGAAUCUCUAAGUCGGGACCCCUCGAGACCAACAAGUUUUAUUCCAACUUCUACCUCGGAGACCAGAAGAGCCCGGUCUACACAUACCCUUAUGCGCUCUCGUGGGCUGCCGGUGCCGGUGCCGCCGCGAGUUGGGGUAUGGCGAUUUCUCACGUCGAGGCCAGCCAGCGAGUUUACGGUCCACUUCAAUCUAACAAGGCUGUGGAAUACUACGUCAACCCUGUCGGCAUUCAGUCCAUGAUCAUGUCGGCCAAGGAGCUGGGCUCCAAGACCACCCUGACCAUGGACUCGAUCGGCCCUCACUAUGCCAGGGCUAUGCUUAGAAAGGAUAGCUCUUCUGCUCCGGCCAUCACCUUCCCUCUCGCUCAGGGCAGUCUCUUCACCACUGCCUACUACAGCGGCGCCACGCCCUUUAUCCAGUCCAGCGUCUACUUCAAGAGUAUGACACAAGUGGCAAAGGACCCCAAGACCAACGUGCGCAAGUUCAACUUUGUCCUCGAGGAUGGUACCACUUGGCGACUGUAUGCGUACAAGACCAAGGGCGAUCCUCUUAACCUGACAGUCACCAACAACGGUCUCGCCUCGUCCAGCAAGCCCUUCUAUGGCUUGAUCCAGAUCGCCAAGGACCCCAAGUCGAGCAAGUCCGAGGCAGUCCUUGACAACGGUUGUGGCAUCUACGCGACUGGCAUGACCAUCAGCGGUUCUGCUGUCGGUACUAAGGGUACUUAUAGCUUCAACUGGAGCAAGUCCGGCCACACUUCUGGAAACCUCUGGAUGUUUGCUCUUCCUCACCAUCUCACCUCAUUCGACGCCGCCACCACCGCCAACAUCCGGGACUACAAGCUUCAGACUCCCACCAAGGGCGUUGCCACGAUUGUUGGAGGCACCAAGUGGACCAUGGUCGAGCCCUCGAUGCCUGUCAACAUGGGCUUUGCUCCUUGGGAUCCUUCCACGGGCAGCAAGGGACUCUCCACCAAGGCAAAGACCACCAUCAAGCCCAUCGCGCAGUCGGAAGUCUCGCAGGACAUGAUUGCGCAGACCAACCUGGACUCGAUGUACUUUUCUGGAAAGGCUCUGGCCAAGUUUGGUACUAUCAUCUAUGUCAUCAACAACCUCUUGGGCGACGCUGCUCUGGCCCAGUCUGGCUUGGCUAAGCUCAAGACGGCCUUUGCCAGAUUCGGUACAAACAAGCAAAACUACCCGCUUGUCUACGAAACCGCUUGGGGCGGUCUCGUCUCAUCUGCGUCCUAUGUCACCGGACAGUCCGGUUCUGACUUUGGAAACACUUACUACAACGACCACCACUUCCACUACGGUUAUCACAUCCUUGCUGCUGCCUACAUUGGUUCUAUGGAUAGCAAGUGGCUUGCUGCCAACAAGGCCUAUGUUAACAGUCUUGUUCGUGACUAUGCCAACCCAAGCAGCACGGACAAGUAUUACCCCCUGUGGCGAAGCUUUGACUGGUACCACGGCCACAGUUGGGCCCAUGGCCUGACCGCUAUGUGGGAUGGCAAGGACCAGGAAUCUAGCUCGGAGGACAUCAUGUCUGUGUAUGCCCUCAAGAUGUGGGGUCAAGUGAUCCAGGACACCAACCUGGUUGCACGAGCCAAUCUGCAACUAGCCGUCAUGACACGGGCUAUGCAGCAGUACUACUACUAUACCACGGACAACGUCGCUCAGCCCAGCAACUUUAUCGGCAACAAGGUGGCGGGUAUUCUCUUUGAGAACAAGAUUCACCAUACCACAUGGUUCAGCCCCAACAUUGAAGCCAUCCAGGGCAUUCACAUGAUCCCCAUUCUGCCCCCUUCAAACCUGGCCCGAACCAAGACAUUUGUUCAGCAGGAGUGGGAUACCUACUUCAGCAGCGGCCGCGUUGACAAGAUCGACAAUGAAUGGAAGGGCAUCAUCUACGGCAACUACGCGACUAUUAACCCUAAGGCGGCUUGGACCUUCUUUACGAGCUCCAAGUUUGAUGCGAAGUGGAUCGAUGGCGGUGCAUCAAGGACGUGGUUCCUGACGUACGCUGCAGCCCUCGCCGGCAUUUAA